AAUGCGUAAAGAGUGUGUGUGUAUAUUUAGAGGCUAUGAUUUGGGAAGAAGAACACAACACAACUCACCACAAACACACAAUUUAAUCCAAAAUAUAUACAUAUAAACCAAAGAUGAAUGCCACAAAGUUUGCUGUGCUUCUCGUGAUUGGUGUUUUGUGUGCCAAUGUUAGCGCAAGUAUGGUCGUAGAUGAGUCUAAAGAGACCAAACUAGGCACCUCUACUCCAAAAACUGCUACCAAAGGCAUUGAAGCUGAGCUUUCUGUAAUAGCCGGAACUGACAGCUUUUCUUCGGGCAAUGGCUUUGCCAGUGCUACUAGGAGUCGCAGAAGUCCCAGCGCCUUUGCAUACGGAAGUGGCAACACAGGUACCAGUGGAGUUGUCUCUGCUCAGGGUCGCAACGCAGACGCUGCUUCUACCAGUGGUUCUGGCGCUCAAGGCGGCGCUGCAGCUGCAGCGGAUCGCAAAGGUGCUGCUGCACGUGGAGAAGGUUCUGCAAACUCCGGUUCGAUUGUGAGUGGCCGCACCACUGACAAGAAGAAGAAGAAGAAGAAGAAGAAGGACGGCAAAAGAUAAAAAGGACUGAGCGUGAGGUGAUCUCAUCAUGCUUAUUGCUCAAACC